UCCUGUAGUACUGCUCCCGCAGUGGGAAAUUGAUCUCUGACUUCGACUAGUUCAUCUUUAAGAGAUCGCGAUGUGCUGUUCUGCAUAAGAAAAUGCGUUCUUUACUUAAGGAAACAUAUAAAUGCUGUAUACAUGCUUUUCGUCUCUAAAACUUAGCUUUUGCUGUUCACUUUGAAAAAAUUUCCCAAGAUCCAACCGCAACAAGGUGGAUCAGCGCGCACCGGGACACCGGAUGGGCUCUGCUGACAGUCAUGCUGUAGAGCGUCAAAACAAGUGCAUCUCUCGCCGCUGACACACAGACCCCAGGGUGGAGGCAAGGAGGAUUUAGGGAGCCGAUUUUUACAGUUUUGGUUUGGACUGGUGAUCCAACAGCUCUACUAUGGAUUUAAAUGACAGCACGUCUCUGGCUGAGCUGAUGAGCCGGUAUGUGUCUACAGAAACAGGAUUUGGUGUCCCCAAGGAUGGCUGGCGGAUAUGUCUGGCACACGAGUUCAAAGAGAAGCGGAAACCAUUUCAAGCCAGAGAUGUCUCAUUGUCCAACAUGAUCGAGCAUGUUUCUUUAGGGGUCAGGUAUCUGAGAUGGUGGUACAGAAAGACACAGGUUGAAAAGAAGGCUCCUUUUAUUGAUAUGUUUCGGGCUUUACCACUAAGACAGAUUUAUGGUGCUCCUCUUGGUGGCAUUGGUGGAGGCAGUAUCACGCGUGGAUGGAGGGGCGAUUUCUGCCGGUGGCAACUAAAUCCUGGAAUGUACCACUACAAAACCGUUAUUGCUAACCAGUUUACAGUGUGUCUGCGCAGGGGGGGUCAGACAGUUUAUCAGCAGGUGUUGUCUAUGGAUCGACCCCCGACUCUUCAGGAUUGGAACUGGGGUUAUUGUGGUGAAUACGCCUUUUACCAUGCUCUGUACCCACGAUCCUGGACCGUCUACCACCUGCCUGGCCAGAAUGUCACUCUCACCUGUAGGCAGGUGUCACCUGUCAUUCCUCAUGACUACAAGGACUCCAGUCUUCCAGUAGCUGUGUUUGUGUGGGACAUUGAGAAUAAGAAUGAUUAUGCACUUGAUGUUUCCAUCAUGUUCACGAUGGUUAAUGGGUCGGGCCAUAAAGACGAUAAGAGUGGGGGCCACUGGAAUGAACCAUUUCACCUUGAAAAAGACGGAGAAUCUGUGUCUGGGGUGUUACUACAUCACCAGACGCCUGUCAACCCUUACACUCUGUGCAUAGCUGCAAGAGAAAAGUCUGGCCAAGAGAUCAGUCACCAGACGGCGUUCAGCCCGAAGGGAACCUGUAGUACUCUGUGGAGUGACCUCAUGACUGAUGGACGACUCGACUCACCUAAGGACUCCAGCCCUCCCACACAUAAAGGGGAGGAAGUGGCGGCAGCUCUGGCUGUGAGCUGCUCGGUGCCUGCUAACAAUCACAACAGUGUGGAGUUCAGUUUGGCCUGGGAUAUGCCUAAAAUCACAUUUGGUUCCAGAGAGAGAAUAUAUGUCAGGAGAUACACACGUUAUUAUGGCACCAAAGGAGAUGCUGCCCCAUCUCUGUCUCACUAUGCACUCACACACUACAGUAAAUGGGAGGAGAGCAUUGAUGAGUGGCAGAGGCCGAUUCUACAGGACGGGUCUCUUCCGGCUUGGUAUAAGUCCGCUCUGUUUAAUGAGCUGUACUUCGUUGUGGAUGGUGGAACUGUGUGGGUGGAGCUUCCAGAGGACGCUGACAUCAGCGGUGGGCUUCGUCCUGAGGAUGGAGGGCUUCCAGCCCAGCCUGACGUUGUCAAGGAGUAUGGCCGAUUCGCUUACCUAGAGGGCCAGGAGUACAGGAUGUAUAACACAUAUGACGUGCACUUCUAUGCUUCAUUCGCUCUCAUCAUGCUCUGGCCCAAGCUGGCUCUGAGUGUGCAGUAUGAUAUUGCUGGUAGUGUGGUUCAGCAUGACCCUACAGAGAGGUUAAAUCUAAUGAAUGGCCGAUACUCACCAGUCAAGACCUGGGGCGUUGUACCUCACGACAUUGGAGACCCUGUAACACCAUCCCUGUGUUUCUGGUCUUCCAGUGCUUACUGUGGUGGCCUGUGGCUGGCGUCAGUGUGCAUGAUGUGUAAAAUGGCACGUGUGCUGAAAUGCGAGUCUGUUUAUCAACGCUACAGAGAUAUUUUAGAGAGAGGAAGAGCAGCCUUUGACAAACUCCUGUGGAAUGGCAAAUACUACAACUACGACAGCAGUGGACAGAGCCUGUCUAACAGUGUAAUGUCGGACCAGUGUGCAGGCCAGUGGUUUCUCAGGGCGUCUGGACUUGGGGAAGAUGACUACCAAGCUUUUCCCAAGGAGAAAAUCUGUAGCGCAUUGAAGUCUGUGUUCGACCUCAACGUUAUGAGCUUUGCAGGCGGGCAGAUGGGUGCGGUGAAUGGGAUGAGGCCAGAGGGCGUGCCUGACCGUUCCAGUGUCCAAUCAGAUGAGGUGUGGGUGGGAGUAGUGUACGGAUUAGCAGCUACAAUGAUACAUGAGGGCAUGAUAGAAGAGGGAAUGCACACUACGGAAGGCUGUUACCGUGCUGUAUGGGAACGAAUGGGAAUGGCCUUUCAGACUCCUGAAGCAUACUGUGAGAAAGGCAUUUACCGCUCUCUUGCUUAUAUGAGGCCUCUGAGCAUCUGGGCAAUUCAGCUUGCACUAAACAAUCGACCAAACCACAACAAAACCACUGAUAAAGAUGUGGGCCAGGGCUGAGCUGGAGCUUUAUAAAUAUGCUGGAGGAAACUUGCACUGUCGAGCCUCCGUAAUGAAGUGACCUCUUAAUCCUCGUUUUAAAAGACUGCAAAAGGACUUUAGAUACAAUGUCAUCAUGGGCUGUUGGUUCACACAGAACCUUCAUUUCCAAUUAUUUUGUAAAACUGGCAUUUCCACUGAAAAUGUGCAUAAGCUUUUCCACAGUCCUUUUUUGUUGCAGCUGUAAAUCAUAGUUUUACAAGUGGGAGUGUAAAGGCUUGGUUGCAGUGAAAUGACAGACUGUUCAUUAUGAUAUUGGGAGUAGGGUCAUUGAUCUUUGUGAAUCAAGUAGUUAGAGCAUGAUUCUAAAUAAUUUUCACUGUAUAUUUCUAUUAUUGGAAUGGCCUGUUGAGUACUUGAAGAAAGAACUGCUGUUUUUUUUUGGUUUUUUUAUAAAUAUUUGUCCUCGUAUGUGUCAUAAAGCAUCUAUCUGAGGCUUCGAGAAGUCAGUACUGUACACUAUUAUACAGAAUUGUAAUAGAGAUAUAAUUAAGUAAAUUGGAAUGAAUGUAUACUGCCAUCAGAUUAUUAUUAUUUUUUUUUUUCCUCAGAUGCAUCAUAAAGCAUUUAUUUUAUCUGCUAUAUGCUGGUGUUACUGUAAGGAAAUGGUAUAAAACCCACAACCCUGAGAUGCUUAACAGGCAUGCCAGGCUAAAGUGUGUGAUUUAAAUCACUGACUGAAAGUGAAUUGCCCUCCAAGGCUGCAUUUAUUUGAU